GCCGACUCUCAGGUUGUUUCCUGUGUCUGAGAGUCAUGGAGGACUCUGAGUCUCUGCUGGCCUCCCGGUCCGAGGAGAGGAGGAUCACCAGCUGCAGCAGCUGGAGCGCUCACACUCGCUCCCUGGAGUCAAAGAUGGUGGACGACUUCAGGCGGAGGCUCAAGUACUUCUUCAUGAACCCCUGUGAGAAAUACCGAGCCAGGGGACGGAAACCCUGGAAGCUGAUGCUACAAAUACUAAAAAUUGCAAUCAUCACAGUCCAGCUCGUCUCAUUCGGCCUGAGCAACGAAAUGAUGGUCACCUUCAAAGAGGAAAAUCUGAUGACGUUCAGACAUCUUUUUCUAAAAGGAUACAAGGAUCACCACAUGGGGAAAUAUGCACUGUUCACCAAAGCAGAUGUAUAUGAUCACAUCUACCACAUUAUCAACAGGUAUAUUCAUCUUCAAAACCUGACUGUGGGCAAUCUGGCAUACGAGAGUGUCCACGGCAAGUACACUCCUCUGUCUGUCUGUCAGGAGUUUUACAGAAACAGCAGCAUCGAUCCGGAAAAUGAGACCUUUGACAUCAAUCCACAUAUUGAUAAAGAUUGUAUUUCCAUAUAUCCUGUGCAGUCGUUUGACAACAGCGGUUUGGCCUCACAUAUGAACUUCUCUUUAGAUUUCAAAAGGCUGCUGUCAGUGAACAUCUACCUCACUCUGAAGACAAUCAACCUGCAGACUGUGCGGCACCACGAGCUACCAGACUGUUACGACUUCCAUAUCAUGAUUAUGUUUGACAACCGUGCACACAGCGGGAAGAUAAAGGUCGAUGUUGUUAAUGAUGUCAGGAUUUAUGAGUGCAAAGACUGGAAUGUGGAAGGCACGUCUGGUAAGAACGAUUACCUCCUCCUGUCCUUUGACUCGGUGGUCAUCCUCGCCUGCUUCGUCUCUCUCAUCCUCUGCACACGAUCCGUCAUCAACGGCAUCCAGCUGCAGUUUGAGUUCAACAUAUUCUUUCAUGCCUACUACAAUAAAAUUGUGUCGUGGUCGGACCGCAUGGAGUUUGUGAACGGCUGGUAUAUCCUCAUCAUCGUGAGCGACACACUGACCAUCGCGGGGUCAGCACUCAAGAUAGGAAUACAAACAAAGUGUCUGACCAACUAUGAUGUGUGCAGCAUCCUGCUGGGAACAGCCACCAUGCUGGUCUGGAUCGGCGUGAUUCGUUACCUUGGUUUCUUCAAGAAAUACAAUAUCCUGAUCUUAACCCUGAGGGCGGCGUUCCCAAACGUGAUCCGCUUCUGCUGCUGUGCGGCCAUGAUCUACCUCGGCUACUGUUUCUGUGGCUGGAUCGUCCUCGGGCCCUACCACGAUAAAUUUCGGACGCUGGACAAGGUGACGGAGUGCCUCUUCUCUCUGAUCAACGGGGACGACAUGUACGCUACCUUCCUGAAGCUGAGGCACGAGGGCUACAUGGUGUGGCUCUUCAGCAGAGUUUACCUCUACUCCUUCAUCUCGCUCUUCAUCUACAUGGUGCUCAGCCUCUUCAUCGCUCUCAUCACCGACACCUACGAGACCAUCAAGCAUCACCAGAAAGACAAGGUGCCAGUGUCCCAGCUCCAGGCCUUUAUAGCAGAGUGCAGGGACCAGCCUGAGUCUGGACGCUACCAGACGGAUGAAGAACCAGCGACCUGCUGCCUCUCUGCAUGCUGCUGCUUCGGAUAAACUGACAAGAUGGAACUUUUUACCUUUGCCAGGUGUGACCAAAGAGUGGGCAUAUAUCAAGAGACUGAAUAAAGCUGCGUAGUGCACUAAAUUACACUGCUACGUGAUGAAAAUGCAGAAACAGAGCCGGCCCAAGCCACCAUGGGGCCCUAAGCAGAAUUCGAUUUUGGGUCCCUCUAAUUAAACAAUAAUUAAACAAUUUAAUAAUUGAUUGUUGAUCAUUCACACACCUACUAUAAACUCAUUGUGGC